UAUGCACAAUGCACGUAAUAAAUUACUAAAAAGUUAGGAUUGUGUGAUAUUACGUAUAAUAAAUAAAAAUAAACGCGAGUAUAAAAGGACAAUGUUUACCUGCAAUGUGACAACUAAACUGACUGGUGCACCUACUUUCUUAAAUUUCGUACGUCAUAUGACCGUCUUUAUGAGACGGAGAAUUAGGUAUAAAGAUGCAAAGGGUAACCCCGAGGGGAUAAAAUAUGAACAUGUUACAUAUUUUCCAAGACAUCCAAAUCAUGUUGAUCCAUCAUUCGAACCGAGCAAGUUGUUGUUAGUGACACGAGUAAAACCUUUUGCGGGUAAUCCAUGGUGGGAGAAAAGGAUGCUCAAAAAUAUAGGUUUCGAUGAUGAGCCACACAAAAAUGAUCCAGUGAUCGUAAAAAACGCACCAGACGUAUGUGCCAUGCUCUGGAAGAUAAAGCAUUUAGUAAAGAUCGUUCCCAUAAAGUUGCCCGACAAAUUGCCAACGCCGGACGAUCUAAAUGGCACAUAUUUACACGAGAAUGGCACGUUUUAUGUUGUACCGAAAGUAGAUCCUAUUCGCGAAGAAGCCGUGGAACAGUUUAUAAACAAUCCAAAGAAGCUGAAUCGUGAUAUUAUACAAGAGAAACUCAGGCUUAAGUGGUUAGAAGGAAGCUUGAUGUAAUUGAAUUAGAUAUAAUACAAAUAAAUAUUUGUUAAUAAGUCAUUGAUAUGAAUCUAUCAAUGGAGGAACCUUUAAAAUAAUCCUUUGGUAAUCCUCGGUGAAAUUCCCUUCCUGAGUAAAAACUUUCGAAAUAUUCUGUAUAGUAGUAACAAGAAAUUUAGUCUGUUAGAAGCAG